GUAUAUAUAUAUUACUAAGAUUGUAUGUAAUCACCAAGGUGUAAAACUAUUUAAACAGAAGCCGACCGUCUAUUUAACACACCUGUGUUGACGCACAAACUUUUCUCGCUGGUUGAAAUAAUUAAAGCAAUCAAUAAGUGCACACGAUUGAGAGAUUGUCUAUCAAUUGUGGUUCAAGCUGACACGACAGGGCAGUGCGGCUCUCCGAGUCCAGUAAUAAAACCAAUAAACGAGCAAGCCCAUCGUUAAAUUCUCUAAUGGUCAUUUGCGGACAGGUAACUAUAAAUCUAUGUCGCUUUAACAGAGAAGAGAACAUUAGCUAGUGACGUGAAAGGCCGACAUUCCAUCGUUUGUUAUCAUAUGAAUGAAGGGACAUGUCCCGUUUGCAAUCAAGCACAACGAGAGUUCUCGUUUUACCUGUCGGCUGUGGUGAGAGGUAUUCACAAUGCUACAGUUAGUCGUACGAGGGUUUUAGCAGUUGAGAAGAUCAGUUUACUGUUAUAAAACGUGGGCAGUUAUACAGUCCACAUAUCCUGACAUUCAAAUAGUGAUUACAAGUUAUGACAUAUUACUUAUAUACAGGAUCUAACUGAUUGGUCUAUUGUGGUUACGUGGGAUCAAGAUUCACAGGUGUAAGGCUAAUAGCAAAGGAUUAAAAGGUUGGCCUAGAAUACCCGUACGAGAUUCUUGGCCACAAGGACUAAUGAUUCAGAAGUUGGUUGAUUAUAGCGGGGCGGUGGCCGCUAGAUUUUAAUUACUCAUUCUGUGACUACGAUCUACCUGAAAUUCAAAAUGUAUCUACAUAUUAUAAGUUUGUGUUUGUUGUUUGGGGUGUGUUAUGCCCAGGAAUGUAAUGUCGCUGUCGUUGCUGUUGCCAGUGUUUUUGGAACUUUAGCAGUGGUGCUCCUAAUUCUUGGAGUAUUGGGAUUUUUGUUGUGGAAGAAACGUCAAGCAUUUUUGUCACCAAAAGCAAAUGCCACCAAUAAAAAUGGAAAUAAAAAAGGUGAUGGAACAUUGCUCAAUGACAGUUUAUCAUCACCAACAAGAGAUGGCCAUGUUAAUCCUGCUUUUAAUGAUACUUCAGCAGAUUUAUCUACCAUGGAAGAAGGAUUAUCUGGUUUUGACUCACCUGAUGGUAAAAAGUCAACGCCUGGUAAAAAUGGAAAUCAGAAAACUUGGUCAUCAUUACCUAGAAAUGAUUUCUCCUCACCAUUUACUAGACAAGGUUCAUGUGGAUCCCUGGAUGAUAACUAUCUCCAUACUGAUGAUCAUAUUCAUAAAUCGGAACCUGAAGUGAUGAGCGUUUGGUUACAGAGUCAAGAUUUCAUUGGUUUAGGUUUUAAUAUUUCUGGUAAUAUGAGGGAUGGAAUUUUCGUCAGCCAUGUUCACAACCGUGGACCUGCUAUUGAAUCUAAUAAAGUUAAAGUUGGUGACAAGAUCUUGAAUGUAACCAUAUCGUUUGAGAAUAUCGUUUACGAAGACGCACUUACGAUUUUAAGCUAUGCUUCACCAUAUCCCGUGAAUGUUAUGCUACAGAAGGAAAAGCAGCUUGUCAAUGAAAAAAGAUUGACUGAAUCAAAUAAUGCUUUAAGCCAUCCCUUAUAUAGAAGUCAGUCUCUUGAUGCCUUGAAUCGUGCUGGCCUUGAUGCUUUGAAUCGUUCACGAAAGGAUUCUUUCAAACCCAAAAGAACAUAUAGUGAAAUGAAACCAGAGACAAGGAAGGAUAACUCAGUGAGAAAGCAACUUUCAGGAAUGGUGCCAGAAAUGUUUGAAAAUGGUGGUGGAGAUAAUCGUGGAUCAACACAUGCUAAGAUCACAUCCGAUAUUUUGGUACAUAAAGCUGAUGAUGCUGGAUUCGUUAACAUUGAUUUAUCUAGCGGUGGGGACACUAAAAAUGGGUUAGAUGUGAGUCAUGCAUCUGGUCGAGUAGAUGACUAUGCUAAAGAUUUAACAGGAAAGGCUAAAGAUAAGACCAGUGCUUUGGCUGAUGAUAUGUCUGGGAAAGUUUCCAAUGAAGUUGAUGUAUUUAGCAAAACUGCAUCUGAUAAUUUGGCCACUCAGGUUGAUGAUCACCAGAUGACACUAGAGGUUGAUUCAACUGUGCAAGGUGUUAAAGAUCGCAAAAGUAGCACAGCUGUCGAAUUUGCUAGUUUAAUGGAUAAAAUGUUGGACAUGAAUCAGUCCUCGGAUGAACCAUUUGAAACCAUGGAAGUUAAAAAUAUAAGCAAUGGUCCAGUAGCUGAAGACUCCUUUUCUGCAUCUUUGUCAUCCGAAAAUCAAUUCAGUCCACCCACCAAACCUACAAGGAAGAAAAAACGACCUAGUACAGCUAGUAAUUCAUCAGAUGAACUAAGCCUUAGUCAGUCAGAUAUAAAACUAGAGGAUGUGGGACUACUCACUUCAAGAAAGCCUGUAGUGGAAGAGGUAAUGACAAUUGUCAAGGUAAAGGAUGUGUCUGCUGCUCCUAGAUCUUAUGCUGAUUGUGAAGCCAUUGAAGAAGAAUCAAUGAUUGCAGAAAAGUUGAUCAAGGGGGAUGUUAGCAGUCUAGCCGAUAAAUUAGAGUUAACAGAAAAAGAAAAAGAUUCAGAAAAAGAAGAAUUACCUUCCCCAACCCUCCUUAGAAAAAUUUUACUUGACGGCAUAGAUAACUACCAAAUCAAGAAAAAACCUGAACCUGAAGGGGAUCCAGUUGAAGAAGAAAUGAUUCAGGCAGUACGAGUUAGUCGCGAGGAUUGUGCUCCACCCUUGCCUAAAGCCCCAAAUUCAAAUCAGGAAGUAAAAUCCAGUAAAAAGGUCGGUGUUAAUAACAAUCUUCAUGAUAUUGAUGAUGAACUCAUCGAUGAAAUCAUUGCCAUGAAUUCUAGGCCAAUUGAACAAGCUGGACUUCCAGGUAGAAACACAAAAGAAAAUAUGGGUGGAGUCUCCUACGAUAUUCAGGUGGCUGACCUGGAUAAGAUUGAAAAUGAGCUACGUUCGGAAAUGGGUAAAGAUGCACCAAAAUCACCUACAGGGGGAAAAGCUUUUGAGAUAAGGGAGGAUCUUAAUGGUAAAAUGGUCAAUCUGGAAAUCAAUAAAAGCUAUGUUACACGGACGGCCUCCGAAGCUGCAAUAUCUAAAAACAACGAUCAGGAGGACAUUCAUAUUUUACGGGCUGGGUCUUUAAAAGAUGACAAACAUCAUAUUGAAAAUGAUUUCGAUUGGUCAGGCAAGCGUCUGAUACGUUCUGGAUCAUUUUCUGAAAUACCUCAGGACAAUUCAGUGAAAGACUGGACUGAUCAAAACAAAGUAAGCAGUGAGGACAUUACUGUCGUGAUCCCAGAUAACCACAAAAUGGGUGUAUUAGCAACCGAAGAGGAUAUCAAGGCCAAAGCAGAAGUGUUUAUCAAAGAAAGUUUAGAUUUGACGAAUAUGUCUGAUAUAUCAAGUUCGCAGUCACCUUCAUCCACUCGUAGUGUUUCACCUUAUACACCUAACGGACCUCCUGAAUUAUCUCCCCUUGCACUUAAAAAAGCUUUAGACUUUGCUUCCUCUGAGAGUUACAGUUCAUCAAGUCGUACGGGGAGUUAUUCGUUUAAUUUGAAUAAAGACGAUGAUGAUGAUGAUGAUGAUGCUGAGUGUUAACUGUGUGUGAAAAAGUGUUUUGUUUUUGACAAGUGAUUACCUAAUAAUUAGAUAAGGCAGCAAUGAAAAUGCUUCUUGAAUAAAACUUCUUAAAAUCACUAGUGCAUUAAUGGGAGAUAACUACUUACUCAUAAAGUAGGAUAAAGACCGCAUCAUUUGAAGACUUGCGGUGUGUUAUCAAAGCAAUAAUAAGAUUUGUUUGGUUAGACAAGAGAAUGGGCAGAUAAGAGAAAAGUUCAGAUAUUAGGAUUAAACAUCAAGAUAUGGGAUGCAAAGUUCGCUAGGUGUCUCUGUGUAACUGUGUCUGCUCUUGUAGAACCCGUGCUAGUUGACACGGGUGUGCUGACCUAAAUAAAACAAAGCUAACUGUAGAAAAAGAAAACAUUUCUGGUAAUGUUUAAUAAGAGAUAGUGAAUUGAGGGUUAAGUAAUUAAACUUUGCUUUAUAUGAACUAGCUAUUUAAUGCCAUGAAUAUGACCACAGGUACUUACAUUGGACAUCUCGACUAAAAUAUAGAGAAUUCUCUCCAAUGAACAUUAAGUUAACUCUAAACCAAUGAUAGUUACUUUGAUGAUACAGGUGUGUGAAAGACAAAAUACAGUCUAGCAGGACGAUAAAAUAACAAUGGUCAUGGUGCAUUAUCCGGUGACCAUCUGUUAUUUUUAACCCUGCUAAUUAUGAUACCCAUCAUUCUGUUGAAUAUUGUGGAGGAAAUACGAUUAAUAAAUGAUUAGUAUAUAUAUAUGGUAUACAUGUAAUAUGUUAAAUUUGUUUUAUUUUAAUAUAGCUAUUUGUAAAUAUAAAAGAUGAGAUUAUUCGAUUGACACGAUAAAAAUAUAAGAUUAUUCGGGUCAGAUUAUAUUAUAUUAUAGCUACCAUCUGAGAGUAUGUAGCCUUAGAGGUAUAUAUUAAGGUAGGUAACUCUGGAUUGAGCAAACAACAAAAAGCCAGGCCUUCACAUUGGUGAAUUCCAAAAGAGAUAAGUAGAGCUAAGGAAAACUCCUCUUGUAUCAGAAUUUCUCGAAUAAAAAAAGCACACUUAAUUAGAGGGCAUUUCUAGUUUAAAGUUCUAUUGUUGAUAUCAAUUCCUUCUCCUUCUGAUGAAAUUUAAAAUGAAUAAGCUUAAGUGAAAAUCAUCAGGGGGGGGGGGGGAGUAUGGCCGAAUGGUAAGUGUGUGCGCGUUGUAUCAUAAGGUCUGUCAUUGAGUCAACUGACAUGGUUUGGAUUCCCUGUCUGUACAUGACAAGGAGUAGGGUUUUCUGCGGCUUUCUCCCACUGCUAAAGACCCCUAUGCGCAAGCGAAUUAUUGAAAUAAAAUUGAACCAUAUGUUAGUCCUGAAAUGACCUGGUUUGUGUCGAUUGGACGUUAAAUUCCAUCUCUCUCUCAAGUGAAAAUCGUUGAAGUAUGUUCUUUUGAUUGUAUUUGUGGAUUUACACAGAUCUUUUCAUGUUUCAGGUGAGCUAUUUAAAAGCUCACUAGGAAUUGAACCUUGGUGGCUUUUCAUGAUUUAUCUCCAAUGUGAAGGCCUGAAAAGCCAUUUGCAUGCAUGUUGAAUAUAAUCUGCCUUCUAAGGCCUUUAUUGGGUAAAUGCAUCGAAAUGCACUUUAUUGAGCAAAGAAAUAUACAUACAUGUAUUAAAGUCUAUUAUAACCUAUGUUUAGUUUCUUGGAUACAGAGGUCAGUUCUAAUAUUAGAUUUAUGUAAACAAAAAGGAUGAUUAAUUGUACAGAUGUUAAUAUGUAUAUAUAAUAUAGAUAUAAUAUAGUCAUGUUAUCUUCUUAAAUCAAAAUAUAAUAGAUAUGUGCUAAUGGGUCCCACCCUAUUCCCUAUUUAGAAACUUUAGUUGAUGAGAUAGCAAUGUGUCUCUUCAGUUGUAUGAAGGCUUGGAUUCCUGUUAGGGCACCUUCCUAUACAUCUUAUAUACCGGUAUUUAUAUUCUGAAAAUAACAAUGGAAUUAUUACUCCAAAAUCCCUCCCGAUGAUCAACCCCUGGCAAUAAAAGUUAUAAAUCUGGUAAAAUGAGACACAGUUUCAUAUUUCCGUUUUAUCUUGAGUCUUAACUCGGAUUUGUGAGUAAGUGACUGGUUCACUAACCAUGAUGUGCUGGGAUCGAUCCUGCAUAGGUCGAGAAAGUUCCCCAGGAAUUUCCAGCAUGGCUUCCCUUUGUCAGUGUUGCAAGGCAGAGGGCCUGACAGAGAACAGGUUCUAGUUGUUCAGUUGGGACAAAAAAAAUCGAGGUCCUGUGUACACAGAUGAUAUGUAUUUAUCAUUAAUUUGAUUUGACAAUUAAUAGAUCUAUUCUACAUACAUAAUAAGAUUCUCAGCAUAACCCACACACAAGUAAGAAUCUAGAUUUGUAUACAUUCCUUUUACACAAUUGUUAACAUUUUUGUUAUACAUGAUUUUUACAUGUGAGUAAAUUAUGUGCAAUGUAUUUUGUUUAUUUGUUAACUAAUGAUGGGGAACUUCACCUAUAGCAUAAGUCCAUAAUUAAUAAAGGUGAUGAAGGGAUUACAAAGUUAUCUCCCCUACUUUUCCCCUAAUAAUAAACAUAGGAUUUCCUUUCAGAUAUACAAAAAAUAAACAAAGAAAAAUUAAAAUAUUUUGAAAUAUAUUUUAAAUAUAUCCAAAUAUUUCUUCCAAUGGCUGAAUGGUUUGGUUGAGUGGACAGGAAAUUUGAUUUUAACAGAGUUAAAUCUGUGACACUGUGUCACAUAUUUACCAUGGCCAAAAUAUAUUUAUUUUGUAAGGGUUGGUUUAGUAUCCAGUAUAGCAUCCUAAAAUCAUGCAAGUUUCCCUGCAACUUUUACAUUCCUUUGAUCCCUGACUACCAUAUAUGUGGGCUGAUAAUUUAUUUAGUUAAAAUAUCAAAAUAAAUAGUAUAGUACUAAGGUUUUCUGGCAUCAUCAAAAUAUAAUUUCCAAAACAGUAUCAUUUCCAAGAUAAUUUUUAGUUUUUAUAUAUAUAUAUAUAAGGCAUUAUUUAUGUACUCUGUUUCUUUUAUUAUAACCAAAAAUAUACAUAUCUCAUUAUUAUUAUUAAUAAUAUUAUAGUUUAGAACAAUGUUUAGAUAUUAGUUUUGGGUCAGCAGGAAGUUUUAAUUUUCAAAGUUAUUUGGGCGAUGUUUUGAAAAGUUUUCUCCCACCAUUUUCAAGCAAGUACAGUAACACUUGCCGCCCAAACAAAUUAGUAAUUGUUCUUCCAUAAGUAUGUGUUAUCGUUUAUAUUUUUAGACAAUUGUCUGGAUUAAUAAAUUCGGUAUUAAUGAAGAAAAGCUAUCUAUGUCUAAAACCAAACUCUGCUGACCAAAAACAAAAACUUGAUUUACUGCAUCUUUUAUGUAUUGUUCUGUGUUAGGAAUGGAACCCGAAAUUUCUGAUCAUUGAAGUAUGAAUUCACUAAAAUGGAUGAAGAUAAUUAUUUUCGGGCUCUCACUUUAGUGAUAUUUGUCGGUCAUUGACUGUCAGGGACUGAAAUUGAUAAAUUUUUAAAUUGGGAGUCCCAAUUUGGCACAAUACUGGAAAUUGUCAUAUAUCAAAGAUUAACAAAAAAUGUGAAAAAUUGGUGCGCUGGGAAAUUUAUUGUCUUUGUCCACCAAAUAAACUAGAAAAUGAACAUACUUCCUUAAAAAUAGUCAGAAAUUUCAGGUCUUAAUGUUGUUAGUAAAUGUUUUUUAAUAAGUCUUAUUUUAUAUUGUAAAUAAAUACAGCAAUAUAUACUCUCUCUAUAUAUAUUAUAUAUAUAAUAACUAUUUUUAUAUCACAGACCUUUAUAUACUUAUAUAAUAUACAAAAAUUAUUAUUAAAUA